AUGCACGGGGGACGCAAGAUGCGAACAAGAUUACCAUUGGAGACUUACUGUGACGACAUCAUUGACCGAGAACAAGUGAUAAACACUAAAGCUAAAAUGGUUUACAGAACCACGUGUGCCAAGGAACAUCGUUUAAAAGUCGGAGAUCAGGUUGUUGUAAUGCAGAAAAGGAAGAAUAAGUUAACAAUUGUGUUUAACCAAACGCCGCUAACAGUUACAAACAUAAAUGGAUCAAUGAUAAGUGCAAGCAAAAAUUAAUGAUCAAUAACAAGAGAUGCUUCAAAGUUUCGCAAGUUAUAUGGGAGUCUACCCCGAAGUAGUAAAAGCGACGGUGAGGAAAUGCACGAGGAGGAAAAUGAUACAAACGAACAAUUCGACAACGACGAACACGAGGAAGACGAAAACUAUAAUGAAGUUGAUAUCGAACAAGAUAACGAAGGAGCAAACGACGUUAAUAUCGAACCACCAAUGGCAAGGCCGGAACGCGAAAGACAGCCAGCAGCUUGGCUCAGAGACUAUGAAACAUAA